GGUCAUUGCGCACUAUUGAACGGAAGCGCGCUUUUGAAACGUUGGAUACAAUUUUACGAAAAGAAUUUUUAAAAAAUGUAGUAAAGUCGAUCUUCUGGACAGUCAAUGUGACUUGUAAUCUAGAACGUUUCGAGGUCGUAACUAUGAGAAGCCAUCUAAUGAAAUUCGUGGCUGUCGUUUGCUUCUCUCUACUCAUAGUGUCCACGGUGAGGGCAGUGACCACCCCCCAGCCCAGGACGACCCAGGCACACAGCGUCGUACAGCCUCGGAUCGUCAAGGAGCGGGAGAGCUUCGUGGUAAACUGCGAGCCAGAGAGCGAGGCGAUCCUCUUCCCAAAGAACCACAUCGUCAUGCUGUACAUUGCCAGGAAGGCGGCAGGCGACACCCAGUACGUCCCCAUGGCGUCACUCAGCCCCAAUGGCAUGGAGGAGCAUCGCUUAUUCCUGCAUACCCAGACCUCGUCUGAGUGGGCGAUGCUGCCCACCUUCUACGACCGGAUGGUGCUUCGCCUCGCGAAAAGACAUGCCGAGGUCAAGGACUCUGGCGACUACACGUGCAACGUCAUCUUCAACAAGGAUGGCAAGAUGCACAAGCAGGUCCAAGACAGCUGGCUCCGUGUCUUAGAAAGCCCACAACUUCCAGUUGUGUCCCAUAGCAUAAUCGUGAUCGACGAGUUCUUCAGUGUCUCGUGUGACCAGGGGCGCGUCAAAUUCAAUCAGACGGUUCUCAAAGUGUUGGACCUCAAGCUCCUGCACAUCCCGGACUGUAAGAGACACGGUCGGCUGCUCGGGGAGUACACCCUAUCCGAUUCUCGAAUCACUCUGAAGGACAUGUCAGAGGUCAACGCCGAGAGGGCGGGGUUCACCAUGAAGCUCGAGCACGCGGAGGACUCGUCCCCCCCGGGCCUGCCCCAACUCAGGCUCAGGGUCAAGUUCGGCGAGAUGAAGGACGCUGGCUGCUACCGCUGUGAGGUGGGCUACAUGUCAUCCAGCGCGGACCACAGGCAGAUCGCCUCGUCGACUGGCAUCUUGUCUGUCGUCAUUCCACCAGAUUCGGUACUAGCCCAGGUCAAGUUCACCCGCUCAGCCUUUGACCCGGAAGAAGAGAUCGGCGAAACCACGGGCAUGAACCUACAAGCUGCCUACGAUGACGUGGGGGCAGAUGCCUCUGUUGCUGCCCUCUCUGGGCUCCUGGGAGCACUUUCGCUAAUCGGAGCAUACAUUCUUUCUUAGUUAAUAAAUGUUUUCUCUUUA